GAAGAAGUACAGAGAAUCGUAAUCUUGGAGUCCAAGAAAGUAAAAACUGGAAAUCAUUGAAAAGGGAGAAAGAGAAAGAAACAAAGAAAGAACGUAGUAUUAUGAAAUGGCAAGAAUCAGUAAUUUCUUUAGAACAAGUACUGCUAGUGUUGCUGCAACAAAUGAAAUUCCUGAUAAUGAACUCCACAUUCAGAUUGAAUCAAUGACAGAAGAGCUUACAGGUUCAUCAAGAGCCAUCAAUAAGGCCGAGGAUAAUCUGGAUACCGGUUCGAGAAGAACAGCAGGAACUGCAAGCUAUAUUUUCCUAUUCCUUUUCUAUCUCCACUUAUUGGCAGCAGUCGUCUUAAUAGCCUACCUUACUAUUUGCGGCCUAGAUUACUCUUUCUCUAGGGAGAAUACUCACAAUUUCCGUCCUCUGGACUGGUACUUGCCACUUCUUGCUUCAUCAGGGUGUGCCUUUGUUAUUGCUUUUUCAUGGGUAACGGCGACUCUUUGCAACCCAUCGAAGACCAUACUUACUGUCUUGUGGCUCAGUCCUUUACUAACAUUUGCAGUUGGCAUUCUACUCCUGCUCAUUGGUUCAGCUGGUGGUUUAGCUACUUCUGUGAUUGCAAUCAUAUUUGCUCUCGUCCAAUCGCUCUAUGCCUGUUGGGUUGCUAAGGGGAUUGACCACACAACUAAGAUUCUCUCACUUUCUAUGGCUGCUUCAGCACCUUCAGCUCGUAACCUAGAUUCAUUGGUAAUAUUAACUGGUUCACUUAUGGCUGCCACAAUUUAUAUCUGGCUUUCAGUUUCUGGAAUUGGUGGUGCUACUGCAACAUGGACCCAAUUCGAUCCCCUUUACAUCUUUGCGAUUCUUCUGAGUCUGGGAUGGACAAUGCAAGUGAUUAAGAAUGCGGUACAUGUUGGGAUCUCAUUUGUCAGUUACAUGUAUUUCGCCCGCGGGGUUGAAGUCGAUUCACUUUGGGCUUUUAGAGACACAUGGAAGUACUUGAUUGGGAACAUUUGUAUUGGUUCCUUUUUAGAGCCAGUUUUUGCUGUUAUUCGAGGUUCGGCGUGUGCCAUGACUGCAGUCACAGGUGAUACAGAUGAGUUCAUGUUUUCAUGUACAAGUUGUUAUUCUGGUGUUGCUCGGAGGUUAGUGAGCUGUGGGAAUAGAUGGGGAUUUGUGCACGUAGGAGUUUUUGGCAAGGGUUUUGUGCAGUCUUCAAUUGACACUUGGGAGAUGUUUAGACGAGUCGGAAUGGAAUCAGUUGUUGACUUGGAUCUAACUGGAUCCUUUUGUUUCCUCUGUGGAGUUGCUGGAGGUUCUAUGUGCACCCUUGUUGCUGGGUCAUGGUCACUUGCAAUCAAUAAGGAUCAUGCUACUGCAAUAUCCAUAUAUGCCUUCUUGAUCGGCUAUCUCAUGAGUAGGAUCACCAUGGCUUGGCCUCAGGGGUGCGUGUCGGCAUAUUAUGUAGUGUUUGCAGAGAACCCAAAAAGCCUCCGAUUUGAUACAACAAUCCCAGAUCGUAUACAAGAGCUGCAGCAAUCAUCAGCUUAACCACAACGAGCACCAGCAGAGACAGAGUUCGAACAUCAAAUGGAGAACAUAACCUGUACUGCUCCAGUAAUCGAUUUGAAAAGAAAUGCAGUUUGUGACUAUAUUAACUCAACUCAUUUUUGUUUGUUCUUCUGACUGUAACUCCACCUUUUGGUACUUUAGGUAAUGUCAGAAAAAUGUAACAGCAUCACCUGUUUCUUUUACCAUAAAACGUAAAUUGUACAUACUAAGAAAAUGCAAUUUGUUCAGAAUCUCAAACCAGUAUACGGGUUUGGAUGAAAAUUUUCAAACUUAUUAAAGCUCUCAAAUAGAGAAACAUAACCUGUACUGCUCCAGUAAUCAGAUUUCACAUGAAAUGCAGUUUGUGAAUAUUAA